UGCCUCCUCCCCUUCCUGCUGCUCCUCCUCCAGCUGCCCCCUGGGGGGUCCCCAGAGAAGUUCCGUGUGUUUGGCCCCUCAAAGCCCAUUGUGGCAGAGCUGGGUAAGGACAUCACACUGUCCUGCUCCCUGGACCCAGUCAUGAGUGCAGAGAACAUGGAGGUGAGGUGGUUCUGGUCACAUUUCUCGGAGUCAGUGUUCACCUAUCAAGAUGGACAGGAGCAGAAUGAGGAGCUGAUGGCCCAGUACGCAGGGCGGACCUCGCUGAUGGGGGAAUAUCUAAAAGAGGGGGAGGCUGCUGUGCGCAUCCACAAGGUCCAGGCUGCUGACAAUGGGCUGUACACCUGCUUCUUCAGCAAUGGAGUCUUUGUUGGGCAAGCCAGAUUGGAGCUGCAGGUGGCAGGUGUGGGCUCUGCCCCCCAAGUGCACAUCACAGGACCAGAGGAGGACAGAGUUCUCAUGGUGUGCACAGCCUCGGGCUGGUUCCCAGAGCCCCAGGUGCAGUGGAGACACCCCCGUGGGGAGCAGUUCCUGGAGUUCUCCAAGGUCCAGGCCCAGGACACUGAGGGGCUGUUCAGUGUGGAGGCCACUCUGGUGGUGAACUCUGGUGAGAAGUUCCAGGUGAUUGGCCCCUCAGAACCUAUUGUGGCAGAGCUGGGUGAGGACAUCAUACUGCCCUGCUCCCUGUUCCCCAUCAUGAGUGCAGAGAACAUGGAGGUGAGGUGGUUCCGGUCACAUUUCUCGGAGUCAGUGUUCAUCUAUCAAGACAGACAGGAGCUAAAUGAGAAGCUGAUGGCCCAGUAUGCAGGACGAACCUCACUGAUGGGGGAAUUCCUCAGAGAAGGUGAGGCUGCUGUAACUGUCCACAAGGUCCAGGCCUCUGACAAUGGGCUGUACACCUGCUUCUUCAGCAAUGGAGUCUUCGAUGGGCAAGCCAGUUUGGAGCUGCAGGUGGCAGGUGUGGGCUCUCCCCCACAAGUGCACAUCACAGGGCCAGAGGAAGAGGGGUUACGUGUGCUGUGCAUGGCCUCGGGCUGGUUCCCGGAGCCCCAGGUUCAGUGGAGACACCCCCAUGGGGAGGAAUUUUUGGAAUUCUCCAAGGUCUACACCAAGGAUACUGAGGGGCUAUUCAGCGUGGAGGCUGCUCUGGUGGUAAGAGACCGCUCCACAAGGACUGUGACCUGCUCCAUACUCAACCCCAGGAUGAAGCACCAGGAGAAGGCCAUGACCAUUGUCAUCCCAGAGCCCUUCUUCCCCAGGACCUCUCCCUGGAAGCCUGCUUUCCUGGUGAUCCUGACCUUGCUGCUGCUCCUGCUCCUGGGGGCUGCUUGCUAUGCCCAGAGAGAACAUUCCACAAAGAAGCGGGAGCUGCAGAAACAGGGAACUCUGCACCAGACUAAGGAGGAGGACAGACAGACCAAGGAGGAGGCCCUGAAGGACAGAGAUGAGAGGAAGGCAGCUUAUCUGGCUGCCUGGAGGAAGGCCCAGCUGUAUGCAGAUUGGCGGAAGGAGCAGUUCCAGGCCUGUGAGUGA